AUGUGUGGACAGAUUGAUCCCGCAGAUCUGGAUGCUCUCACCCACAGAAAGGCCGUUUCACUGGAAACAAAACACCUCUCGGGAGCUGUUUGCGGCAGUGUGCUCUGUCUCAGCUCGCUCCCCGUGUCCUGGCCGGUGCUGGGCUCUGCGAGACCAGGAGAAGUGAUUGUCCCUGUGCCAGCUUAUCUCAGCGACUCCCAGAACCAGGCCACCAAAGAUGCUGGGGUAAUUGCUGGCAUCACUGUGGUGAGGGGCUUCAAUGAGACAACGUCAGCAGCGCUGGCCUACAGCCUCCAUCACCCUGAUGGAGAGUGCAAUGUCCUCAUCUUUAAUAGGGGCCGUAGGGGCAUCAGCAUCUCCAUCUUCGUCAUAGACAGGGAUGUUGUUGAGGUGAAAGUCACAGCUGGGGACACUCACCUGGGAGGCGAUGAUUUUGACAACCAUCUGGUGAGCAUCUUCAUGGGUGAAUUCUUAAAGAAGCAUCAAGAGAGCAUGAGGCAGGACAAACAAGCUGUUUGGAGGGUCAGGAAAGCCUGUGAGGUGGCCAAACGAACUCCCACCUCCAGAAUGAAAGCCACCAUCAGCUUGGACUGCCUUAAAGGGAUCUGCUUGCAGGCAGACAUUACCCAUGCCCAGUUUAAGCACCUGAGCACCAACCUCUUGGUUGGCAGGUGCCAAGCAGGGGUGGCUGAACAAGGAGGAGACCCUGAAGGUAGCAGAGGACCAUGA